AGGGCCAAGGUCGGCCUUCCCCUCUUCUCAUCACUCUCGCAGGCUCGAGAGAAGUAUUCACAUACUUCGAGCUUUCAUUCUCCUUCUUCUUUGUGCUCUUCUUCUUCUUUGAUUCUUCCAAACUGAUUCCAUGGCGAUGAAGGCCUCUAUUGGUGGGCUCUGUCCAUCGCCUCACUCCUUUAUAGAUAUCUCUGAGCGGCCUUUUCUUGUUGGCCGGCCUCUCAGGCUCCAAUUCCUUCCCAUUAGUCGCCGAGGGACAACACCUGAUCAAAAGCACAAUGUUAUUGUAUCAAGAAGAUUGUUUGGGUUAGAGGAGGCCAUGAGGGUAAGAAGGUCACGAGAAAGUGAAGAAUCAGUAAAAGUAAGAAAAAGGCCUCCAUUAAAGCGUGGGAGGGUCACGGGGCGCCUCCUUGUGCCAGACCACAUUCCUAAACCUCCUUAUGCUGGUUCAGAAGUGUUGCCUGAACUUUCAAUUGAGCAUCAAGUUCAUGAUGAAGAGGGAAUCUCACGUAUGAGAGCUUCCUGUGAGCUUGCUGCACGUGUUUUGGACUUUGCUGGAACACUUGUCAGGCCAACUAUAACAACAAAUGAAAUUGAUAAAGCAGUACACAAGAUGAUCAUUGAUGCUGGGGCUUAUCCUUCUCCCCUUGGGUAUGGUGGCUUUCCAAAAAGUGUCUGCACAUCGGUAAAUGAGUGUAUGUGCCAUGGAAUACCUGAUUCUAGGCGUCUACAGGAUGGGGAUAUUAUCAACAUUGAUGUGACAGUCUAUUUGAAUGGCUACCAUGGGGACACUUCUAAAACAUUUUUGUGUGGCAAGGUUAAUGAACCUAUGCAACGGCUUGUGCGGGUGACUGAAGAAUGUUUGCAAAGGGCAAUUUCUGUCUGCAAAGAUGGCGCCAGCUUUAAAAAGAUCGGCAAAAGAAUAAGUGAGCAUGCUGAAAGAUAUGGCUAUGGUAUUGUCGACCGGUUUGUCGGGCAUGGUGUUGGAACUGUAUUUCACUCCGAACCAAUUAUAUUACAUCACCGAAAUGACAGAUCAGGAAGAAUGGUUGAAGGCCAAACAUUUACCAUAGAGCCCAUUCUGACAAUGGGAAGCAUAGAUUGCAUUACAUGGGAUGAUGGAUGGACUACACUCACCGCCGAUGGCAGCCCUGCUGCACAAUUUGAGCACACAAUAUUAAUCACCCGGACUGGUGCAGAGGUUCUCACAAAGUGCUGAUGCUUAUUAUUUAUUUGCUUUUCUGAUGAUCAAAGGCACCCCUUCUUUUUUAAUCAUGAUAUAAAGGUAGUAUAUAUAGUCCUAUAUAUAUAUAUUUAAUUUUUAUUUAGCAUCGAUCCACCACGUGAUCAUCAUGCAAAUGUUGUUUAGAUCUUGAAAGUCAAGAAUACGCGUUUGUACCAAGUACGAAUACAUGUGAAUUCUAGCGCCUGAUAUCACAUUGACUUCCAGUGUGGCCUUUUUUUCUUCUUGUUUUCA